AUGAAUGAUACUCGGCCUUUGUUAUUGGCUUCAAACAACGAUGGCAGUGACAAAAAAAGUCGAACGCUAUUCAGGAUUUUUCGUCAUUGGCGUCAGUUUUUUGGUGUCAGUCAAGCUAACGACGAAUAUCAGAACCUCAAUGAUACUGAUGAUGAACAUAUCGAAAACGAACCAUCUAUCAAUAUUUUUGAACUGUUUCGCUUUGCCGAUCGGAUGGAUCUUUUCUUGAUAUUGAUAGGAUUGUGCGGAAAUGUCGUAGAGGCCCUGACUUGGAUUUCAAGUUUUGUCCUACUAGGCAGACUUGCAGGCACACUUUCUGCGGAAUCAUCUAAUGGUAGUUCCGUGUUUCAGUAUGGAAAUCCAGUCGAUGCUACUAAAAUCAACGAUGGAUGUCCGCCAGCUAUUGAGCUCAACUCAUUUAAUUUUAUUCGACUUCAAAAUUUUUGCAAUGGUAGUGACGAUGUCACGUCGUCACUGUCAUUGGAUCCCUCGGUAAUAGAACGUCGAACGAAUGUAAUGUCAAUGAUUCAUUGGCUAUUAAUCAUCGGUAUCAUUGCAUGUGUCAGUAAUUUCACAUCAAACAUCACCCUCACCAGAGCAGCUGAACGACAAACUACGCGCAUACGAAAACGCCUCUUCCAAUCUAUUAUUCAGCGGAACAUCUUCUACUUCGAUACUCAUGGACCUAGUCAUGUCAGUACGAAACUGUUCGAAAAUAUUGAUAGCAUUCACACAGGCAUCAGCUCUGAAUUAUCAAUAGUGAUCGUAGUAUCCGUCUUUACCAUCAUAAGUACAAUUGUAUGUUUCAUCCUGAAUUGGAAAUUAACAUUAAUCUUUCUAUGUAUGACACCGAUAUUCGGUUGCGGUUUAUAUUUUUUCUCAAAACAUGUUGCCAAAGAAACAAAGAAUGAGUUAAAUACAUAUUCUAAAGCAGGGCGAAUCAUCAAAGAAGUGUUCAGUUCAUUUCGCACGGUUCUCGCGCUCAAUGGCCAAAAAUUCGAACAAAAGCGAUAUGAAAGUGAACUACAUGCAACCCGAUGGUGUAGUAUUCGUAAAGGCGCUAUGCUUGGUUUUUUUGUUGGUUGGUUAUACUUCAUAACCUGCAUUAUAUAUGUCAUUGGAUUUUUGGUUGGUUCGCGUCUCAUUCGUCUUCAUGAAUGUACCACAGCGGAAAUCGGCAAUAUCCUCACAAUAGUCAUCCUCUUGGUAGAGGCAAUCACUUUCAUGUCCUAUCUUGCUCCUUGCUUUCAAUCAUUAGCAGAAGCCUGUGGCGCAGCAACAGAAGUGUUUGAUCUUAUUAAUGAGGCGGAUAUAGCAAAUAUAAAUGAAGUCAACAUAUGGGACGAGAACACGUCUGAAAGAGAAUCAGUUGAUAUCCAUGGUGAUAUUGAAUUUGUUAAUGUCAACUUUGACUAUCCGAACCGAAACGGCGUAUCUGCUUUAAAAAACCUAAACUUAGUAGCUCGUGCUGGUGAAACGACAGCUUUAGUUGGAAAAAGCGGAAGUGGAAAAAGUACCUGUAUAUCACUUCUACUUCGCUAUUAUGAACCUUCUUUUGGCAAAAUCACGGUCAAUGGUCGAUCAAUAACAGAGUACAACGUCAAAAAACUUCGAGAAAAUAUUGGAGUUGUCAGUCAAGAGCCAAUUCUAUUCAACACAAGUAUAUAUGAAAAUAUUCGUUAUGGAAGAGAAAACUCGACGAGAGCUGAAAUUGAAGAAGCAGCUCGACAAGCCACUGCACACGAUUUCAUCAUGCGACUACCUAAUAAAUAUGAAACAAUUGUUGGAGAGGGCGGUGCUCAAUUGAGUGGAGGAGAAAAGCAACGUGUAGCACUAGCUCGUACACUCAUCAAACAACCUGGUAUACUUUUGUUAGACGAAGCAACAAGUGCACUUGAUAAUAACAGUGAGAGAAUCGUUCAAGAAGCGCUUGAUCGAGCAUGCAAAACUCGAACAACCAUCGUUAUUGCUCAUCGUUUGGCAACAAUUCAGAGCGCAGAUCGCAUUUAUGUAUUGGAUAAUGGAAAUGUAAUUGAGCAGGGAACCCAUGAAACAUUGAUGACAAAAGAAGAUGGAGAAUAUAAGCAAAUGAUCAAUAUGCAACAGAUGGAAGUAAUUGACAAUUAUGAUGAUGAUAAUGAGGAAAUAAUGAUCAAAUCACAGAUAGAAGAAGAUGACAAGAAAAUAUUUUUUCGUUCCUCUCCACUCACCGAUAACCAACAUGCUGUUCAGAGUAAAAAAGCGUCAUCGUCAACUCGACAAUCAGCAUUCUUGAGACUUUUACAUAUGAACAGCCCAGAAUGGAUGUUAAUUCUAAUCGGUUGUACAAUGUGUCUUAUUGUUGGAGUCUCACAAAUGAUUUUGAUCGUCUUAAUCCCAAAAACUGUCGCUAAAUUAUCGCAUUGUAAGUUGGCUGAGGAUUCCCACCAUAUCAUCCUUUACAGUUGUUUGCUCUUAUUAUUGGGUAUUACUGUUUUGUGCGUCCGUUUCUGUCAAUAUACAGCUUUUGCUGUAUCUGGCUCGAAUUUGACACAACGCAUUCGUACAAAAGCUAUUGCAUCACUUCUUCGUCAAGAAGUUGCUUACUUUGAUCAACCAGAAAACAGUUCCAGUGCAAUAAGUACCCGUCUUUCAUCUGAUGCACGCGCUGUUCAACAUGUAACUGGCCCGCGAUUGGGCAUCAUCUGUGAAUCUUCGAUUAUGAUCGUUAUAGGUCUUGUACUUGGUUGUUUGUUUAGCUAUAAAUUGACGCUCAUUUUAUUCAUCUGUUUUGUGAUUAUGAUUACUGUUGCUUAUUUGGAUAUAUACUUAGCGACAAGAACUGAUGAACGUUCUGCAUUGAGCGUACAACAAGCAAGCGCAACACAGAUAUACUCUACUCAAAGAAAUUGGAGGGAAUUCGAUGAACAUAUUGCUGAUAGAAGAGGUGGCAAACGUGGUGACAGUUUCUAUGAUGUUUAUCCGAAUUUAGAAGCAAAUGCAAAAGCGCAUGCAGUUUCAGAAUGUGGAGAGAAAUCUCCUAGCUUUACAGUAUAUGAUCUUGCGCUCUUUAUCGGCGAACGUUAUGACGAAAUUAACAGUAUGCAUCAUCAAGAAGACUCCGACCUUGUGAGAUCAGUGCAAAGUUGUCGCUUCGACUUAAAACACUGGGGUGCCCGCUUUGAUAGUAAUACAAAUCGUCCGUAUUUCGAGGGUCAUGGGCGUGCUGAUGUGGUAGCCCAUCGAAAUGAAUUUUUGCGUCAGUUUUUGACGAAUAAAAAGAACUAUUACACCGUUACCGCGGGAGAGAACGCCUUUUGGGAAACGCCAAAAACAUCGACUCUAACUAUUCUCAUUUUUAAGACAAAUGCGACAGAUCUUCAUUAUGAAAAGUAUUCCUCUGCAGUUAUUGCUCAUCUAGGUGUAGAUCCUUAUUUCGAUAACGAUAUCAUCUUGUUACAAUUCGAACGCUUAUUCAAAUUACUUCAUUUCGAAGAAGCGUACAAAAACCACAAGAUUGAAAUACUUAUUGGUAAUGCGCGUACACGCACUGCCAAGCAGUACAGUAUUAAUGAUUUCGCUCCACCUUACACAUUUGUUCAUGUAGGUGCGUCUGGUUGUGGUAAAUCAACUAUAAUACAGCUACUCGAAAGAUUCUAUGAUGUCACGGGUGGCCAAUUACGUGUCGAUGGUGUCGACAUUCAACAGCUUAACAUUCAUCAAGUUCGUUCUUGUCUUGGUCUUGUCAGUCAAGAGCCGAUACUAUUCGAUAUGACAAUAGCCGAGAAUAUUGCGUAUGCUAAAGAGAACGUAUCAUUUGAAGAAAUCGUCGAUGCAGCUACCAGAGCUAAUAUUCAUGAUUUCAUCCAACAAUUGCCUGAGGCCUAUGGAACUCAAGUGGGUCACAAAGGUAAUCAGUUGUCGGGCGGCGAAAAGCAGCGUAUUGCUAUUGCUCGUGUUCUACUUCGCCGACCCAAAAUGUUACUGCUGGAUGAAGCCACGAGUGCCAUGGAUCUGCGUAAUGAGCAGGCAGUGCAACAAAUCUUAGAAAAAGUUCAAGCGGAGGAUUCUACGCAAACAGUACUUAUCGUUGCUCAUCGUUUGUCGACUAUUCGUUCGUGUGAUCUCAUAUGCGUAGUACAAAACGGGCACAUUGUUGAAAGUGGCACCCACAUAGAUUUAAUACAGCAUCGCGGGCAUUAUUAUAAGAUGCUCAUUCGUCACGAAUCAUAA